GUUUCCGCGCGAUGUCGACGGUGCCGCGCCUCUCGACGGCUGUGUGGGGAAGGCAACGACCGCAAGGGACUCCACGGCUGGCGCUGACACGGUUUUUGUCGUCAUCGGCUGCGCGCCGCGUUCCUAUUCUUCCCUCCGAGAAACCGGGGAAGAAGAACGAGCAGGUCGAACUGCACGAGUCGCCGUAUACGCUGCCGAAUGCACUCACGAUCGCCCGCAUUGCUGCUUGCCCUUUCCUUGCAUGGUCAAUCGUCAAGGGUGACUUUGAGGUUGCAACAGCCAUCCUGGUCACGUCGGGCCUCACUGACUGGCUUGAUGGAUACCUCGCGCGCAAAUGGAACCAGAAGACGGUGCUGGGCUCAAUUAUUGACCCAAUGGCCGACAAGACGCUGGUGACCACCCUCGUCGUUUGCCUCACGUACAAAGGGCUGCUUCCUUUGCCGCUCGCCAUCAUCAUCUUUGGACGCGACUUUUUGCUGUCCAUGUGGGCAUUCUACCUGCGCUACCAGAGCCUUCCGCCGCCCCGAACCCUCAAGCGCUACUUUGACCCCACGAUGCCAUCCGCUGAGGUGAAGCCGACGCAGAUCUCCAAGAUCAACACGGCGCUCCAGCUAUCUCUUAUGGGACUGACGACUGUGGCCCCUGUCCUCGCUGGAGCCGGACAUCCCAUCGACGUCUACCUCGAGGGACUGCAGUGGAUUGUGGCGGGCACGACAAUCUGGAGUGGGCUGAGCUAUGUCGGUGCCUCUGGGUAUAAGUUCCUCAAGCAGCCGGGCAAGAAGUAGAGCAUUAUACAUCACAACAAUAGCAUGGACAUCAGUACAUCAGGUGGGGUGCACGGCAUGCACGGGAUGACCCGGU